AAGUCAGGCUCGUUAUUAGUAACUGAGAGGACGUCAGAGCAUAUUUGCUAGAAGCGACGUGGAGAAGAAAAAGUUUAUGAACUCAGCCUACACACAUUCAGUAUUCAGGCUUGUUUACAAAGAGAUCUAAAGAUGUCGUCAGGUGCUCUCUUUCCGAGCUUGGUGAGCGGCUCUAGGGGAAACUCCAGCAAGUAUUUGGUGGAGUUUCGUGCUGGUAAAAUGACCCUGAAGGGGAACGUAGUGACACCGGACAAACGCAAGGGCUCUGUAUACAUCCAGCAGUCUGACGACUCCCUCAUCCACUUCUGCUGGAAGGAUAGGACGACUGCAAAUGUUGAUGAUGACCUGAUCAUCUUCCCAGAUGACUGUGAAUUCAAGAAGGUCAGCCAGUGCACCACUGGACGCGUCUUCGUGUUGAAGUUCAAGGCCGGAUCCAAGAGGCUGUUCUUCUGGAUGCAGGAACCAAAGACUGACAAGGAUGAUGAGUACUGUCGUAAGGUGAACGAGUACCUGAACAACCCGCCCAUUCCCGGAGCGGCAGGAAGCGGAGGCGGCAGCGGUAACGAACUCUCUGCACUCGGAGGAGAAGGAGGUCUGCAAAACCUCCUGGGAAAUAUGAGCCACAACCAGCUGAUGCAGCUGAUCGGACCAACUGGAUUGGGAGGACUGGGAGGUUUGGGAGCUCUAGCAGGACCAGGACUUGCCAACUUGCUGGGCAGUGGAGGACCUGCCACAAGCAGCUCCUCGUCCAGCUCUCGUAGUCAGUCAGCAGCCGCCACUCCAUCAUCAGGCGCAGCCCCCAGACAGAGUUCCUCUCAGGCCUCCACCACCCCGGUGACUCCUGCUGCCACCGCUGUCGCCCCUACAAGUGUUGCUCCUUCCACUCCAGCCUCAGCUCAGACCCCACUGGCCCCAGCCUCUGUUGGAAGCCCCGCCUCCCACCAGCCCAUCCAGCUCAGUGACCUUCAGAGCAUCCUCGCCACCAUGAAUGUCCCGGCAGCGUCGGCUGCCCAGGGAGCAGCAGUGGAUUUAGCAAGUGUUUGCACUCCGGAGAUGAUGGCUCCCAUCCUGACCAACGCUGAGGUCCAGCAGAGGCUCCUGCCCUUCCUCCCCAGUGGAGAAAGUUUACUGCAGAGCGCUGAUGAGAUCCAGAACACCAUCAACUCACCUCAGUUCCAACAGUCCAUGAGUAUGUUCAGCAGUGCCUUGGCCUCCGGGCAGCUCGGCCCUCUCAUGAGUCAGUUCGGUCUGCCGACGGAAGCCGUGGACGCCGCCAACCGAGGAGAUGUGGAGGCGUUUGCCAAAGCCAUGCAGGACAGUAAAGGAGACGCCAAGAAGAAGAAAGAGGAUGACGAGGACAUGAGUCUGGAUUGAAGCUCACUCUGCCAAGCCCGCAGUAGAAUCUGUGAUUUGAUUUUCCUUGACAACUUUUUCUUAACCUAUCUACCAUUUCAUGUUGUCUUCCACCUUUGUAUACCAAAGACAACACUCUGCUCUUAGGGGGAAUGUCAACAUGUAGCAGAGCUGUCUGACGCAUGAAAGUUAGGCCAGUUUCUCCUGUGACGACUUCCUUUCUUUAUCAACAGCUCCGUUUUGUUCAAUUGACAAUUUAUUUUACUCGGAAAGGUCCGUUUAUGGAAUUCAGGGGGAUUGAGCCCACGGUUUGAUUUUGUUUUCCUUGUUGCAGUUCAGAGCCUGAAUAAGUGCUCAUGCUCUCUUUCUUUUGUGAUUCCCUCUUAAUAAAAAAAAUCAUAUUGGCACCCCAAAUAACCGACCUCAAUAUCUAUCUUUUGCAGAUGGGAAACACACACUGAAAAGUGUAGUUUGUAUUUUAAAAAAGGCUUUAUUUAAAAAUACAUUUACAAACAUGGGGGCUGGGAGUGAUGGGGAAGGACAGCUUAUUCUUUCUGUGAGAAAUUCUGUAAAAAGUGGUUAUAUUACAUAGAAGUUUCACACGCAAACACACACUCAUGUUUGGUACAUGUUUACAUUUAUGAAGGUAUAGCGAUGGGAAAUGUUGCCUGAACCCUGGACACGAGCUGCCAGAUGGUGGUUAUGUUAGUUCUCACCUGUGAGGCUUUCAAUAGUGUGACAAUAUAGCACUAUAUUCAUUUAAUUUGGGUUUUAUUACCUUGGAUGACUGAAUUUGACUGAAAAAUUGACAAAGUCAUACAAGAUACAUUAGAGCGUUCAGAAAUAAUUUAUUAUAAUUUGGAUGUUGACAUGAACACAAUCACAGGUCGGAAACUGGUUGUUACAGUAACCCCAACGUGACUUGAAUGCGGCAUCAACAAUGUUGAUAGAAUGAGAAAAGAGAUUGUGUGAGGAGAAGGAAUUGAACUUCAACCUAAAUUAUAGUUGAGUUUUUGCUUUGCACCCUUAGUGUAGAAAACGUUCAGUCCCUUAAACAAGCAACAGCAGCCAAUGACUGAUCGGCUCUUAUCUUUCUUUUCUGUGUCCAUACCAGUGGUGGAAGUAUUCAGAUGCUUUACUGAACUAGAAGUACUAAUACCACACAGUGCAAAUAUUCCAUUACAAGUCAAAGUAAUAUAUAUAUUUAUAAUAUAUAUAUAUUGUACUGCUUUAGAUUGUUUAACUCACAGACUUUUUGUAGCAAUGCAAACUCUAUAAGGUCAUAUUUGUAGAGUUCGCUGUCUUGUGAGAACCUCAUAUCUCUAAAAAGUCUAAUUUCAUGAGCGAGCUAAGAAAAAAGCCCUGUUAACUUCACCGUGAUGCAUUUUCUAGCCAACUCAAGAGCUUUAAAAAAUAUUUGUCUGAUAUUCCGAAAUGUCCAGUCCCAGGUGACAUUGCCCAUCUGCGCUGCCUGAGGACGUUGCUCAUACAUCCCAGUGUACCGACUCAGUAGGUAUUCUUUACAUUCUCUGCUAGAGAUGCACGACACACAACUGUAUACAUCCUUUACUUUUCUAUAUAAUGCAGAUCCAGAAAAUGUGUUUGGACGAUUGACAUUUUAUUUUUCACCAUUUGCUUUCAAAUGCAAGACAAUUCAAGCGGAGUUGCCUUUAUUGACAAUAAACUUCACAUUUCAGAAUUA